CUUGAAACAUCGAGUUCCUCGAGUCCAUGUUCUCUCCGCAAGCAGCCGAUAUUGACAACAGCUCGUUUCGAUACUAACACCACGGCACACCGUAGAUCCGCGUGCGCAGACAUGUCCCAGUCUCUUGACCACCUACCUCCUGAGGUCCUCCUCUGCAUCCUCUCAUUCCUCGAUACGUCAGAUCUACUACAACUAAGUCGCACAUGCCAUGCAUUACGCGAUCUGGCCUGUGACCCUUUGCUUCACCUCGAACGCCUGCACCAUGCCUCCUAUACGGUCGCCAUUGCACUGGCGCGACGACCAUUAAAGUCCACCAUCAGUCCGCCCAACUCAUGGAUCUGGCUGAGCAGAACCAAUGUGCUAUCGCGCCAGAUCAGCAAGAGUCUGAUCCGCAUACGCUUGAGCCACAAUCUCGAGCACAGACCGAGUCCGCGUGACUUGGUCGAGCGAGCAAUUCUCCCAUCCACAUGCACCACCUAUUCGUCCCUCGUUUCUCCAGCACUAAUACAGUCCCAACAAGCGGUACAGAGGCGAAGGUUGAUGGAUGGACUCGGUCGCAAACUCGAGCGCAGGCCGAGCAUGAACAGCCUAAUAUCUAUGAACAUUAUGCCCGAGGAGUGUGCCCGCCGAAACGUGUCUCCCGCAAUUGUGGCCACGCGGCGCAAAGUCAUACGAGAGAGCUUGAAGGACGGUCUACGUGCAUGGGUCGAAGGUCGGGCAUUACAGGCGCAAAAGCGGAAGGCAGACGAAAUGGAAGCAGUAGAGAAGAAUACUGUUAAGACGCUCGUACGAAGGUUCGCAGCGAAGAAACUUGCGCUGGAGAGGGCGGAGAAAAUCAACCCUGUAAGUCUGGAGAAACGGAGGGCCCAGGCGAGAUGGGGAAGGGAAGUAGAAAUGGCCAGACAGGAGGAGGAAAGGAGAGUCAUGGCAAAUGGUGCGUGUCCACAGCCCACCAGGGCCCAUGUGCUGGGAUUGAAGAAGUUCUGGGAGGGUGUUAUUAGAGCUGCUGCUGGAUAAGAAGAAUCUGCAAAUUGCUGGAAUCGAGGAUUCAGAAUUGAUUGCUACUACUCCGUGCAUAUCUGGAGGCAAGAAAGCUCCGAAUUGUAGCGAACUGGCAGAGCGUAACCUACAGCUCGCCUUCUCCUGCUCCUGGAGCUCGAAUGGCGACACCGUGGCUACAAUUUCC